AUGGCAGAUUUUUUGGAUUCAGAAGCUGAGAGCGAGGUAGAAUCUGAAGAAGAUGAGAAACCAACUGAGCGUAAAAAGCCUAAGCGUAAAGCUGCCGUUCAAAGUGACGAUGAAGACGAAGAGGAAGAGGAUGAUGAAGAACGGCUACGCGAGGAGUUGAAGGAUCUUAUAGAUGACGCACCCAUAGAAGAAUCUGGAAGUGAUGGUGAGGAUUCAGAUGCCAGUGUUGGGCCAAAGAAAAGAAAAAAAAGUGAUGACGAACUCGAUGAUAGAUUGGAAGACGAAGAUUAUGACCUCAUCGAGGAGAAUCUGGGUGUUAAAGUUGCUAGAAAUAAAUUUAAGAGAUUGAGACGUCUGGAGGACGAUGAUAGUGACAAUGAAGGGGCCGAUGACCCCGAUCUGGAGAGGGAGGUUAUAGCUGAGAAACUGUUCGUUGGUGGCUCGGAUGAUGAGGAUGAAAAUCGUUCAGAAUCAGCUGCACCGAGGGAAAUAGAAUAUGACGAUGAGAAUGAAGAUAUGGAAUCAGAUGCUGAUGACUUCAUUGUUGAUGACGAUGGUAGACCCAUCGCUGAGAGGAAGAAGAAACGCAAACCUAUUUUUACUGAUGCGUCAUUACAAGAGGGUCAGGACAUAUUUGGUGUAGAUUUUGAUUAUGAUGAGUUUGAGAAGUAUGGUGAAGAAGAUUAUGAAGAUGAAGAUGACGAGGAUUUAGAUGAAUAUAUUGAGGACGAGGAAGAAGAAGGUGGAGAGAGAAGAAGGACUAAAAAGGGUAAAGCGAAACGUCCAAGUAAAAAGUCUAUAUUUGAAAUAUAUGAGCCUAGUGAGUUGAAGAGGAGUCACUUCACCGAUUUAGAUAAUGAGAUAAGAAAAACAGAUGUACCAGAGCGUAUGCAAAUCCGCGAAGUGCCUAUAACGCCAGUUGAAGAAGGCAGUACGGAGUUGGAAGAUGAGGCUGAAUGGAUUUAUAAACAGGCGUUCCUUAAACCGCCCGUAUCCAAAGCUGACUCACAAGAUGCAAGGGAACGAACUCGGCGUACUGGAGGUACAGUGAUAAAGAUUCGUCAGGCGUUAGAUUUUAUGAGAAACCAGACAUUAGAAGUUCCUUUUAUAGCGUUUUAUCGUAAGGAGUACGUGCAGCCCGAAUUAAGUAUUAAUGAUCUGUGGAAGGUUUAUAAGUAUGAUGCCAAGUGGUGUCAAUUGAAACAGCGCAAGGAGAAUUUAUUGCGUCUUAUAGAAAAUAUGAGGGAGUUUCAGCUUGAUAAAGUUAUGGCUGACCCAGAUGCACCCAUACCUGACACCAUGAGACUUAUUAAGGAUGAAGAUAUUGAUAGACUGAAGAACAUACAGACUCCGGAGGAGUUGCGUGAUGUCCAUACACAUUUCCUUCUGUACUAUUCACACGACUUACCUGAGAUGCAGAAGGUACAGAGAAGUAAGGAGAGGAAGAAGGAGUUAGAAGAGAAGAAGAGGUUAGCACGUGAAGAAGCAGAGAAGAACGGAGAAGAUCCAGAGGAAGCGGCGGCUGCUGUGGUCGCCGCUGAACCCGAGGAAGAAGAGGCCACGGAAGUUAAAUAUGCUGUGCGCUCUGGACCUUACGAACUCUGCAGGAAGGCUGGCAUCGAGCCUCUGGUGAAGAAAUUCGGUCUCUCCCCGGAGCAGUUCGCUGAGAACGUUCGAGACAAUUACCAGCGACACGAGGUUGAACAACAACCUGUUCCGCCGCUAGAGGCUGCUGCCGAAUAUGUUUCUCCAGGCGGUUCUUGCAGUGAGGUGGUCCGUCGCGCCGUGUAUAUGUGUGGUGUACAAUUAGCUAGGGAACCUCUACUACGAGCGACGCUAAGGGACGCUUUGAGAGAGAGGGCCACAGUCACAACCAAACCCACGCCGCGAGGUCUUAAGGAAAUCGAUGAGGGACAUCCCUGUUAUAGCAUGAAAUAUUUGAAAAAGAAACCUGUCCGUGACCUUACUGGAGACCAGUUCUUGAGGUUGACUAUAGCCGCUGAUGACAAGCUGUUAGAACUGACCAUCAGCGAACAGAUAGAAGGAAACACAAGCCCUAGCUACUUGGAGGAGUUGAAACAGUUGUAUCAGAAAGACGAGUUUGCGGCCACAGUCCAAGCGUGGAACGAAUUGCGGGCGCAGGCCGUGACUCUGGCGCUCACUAAGAUAGUUAUACCUGAACUGAGACGAGAACUACACGCGGUGCUAUUACAAGAAGCUAAGGACUACGUGCUCAAGUGUUGCCGACGUCGUCUAUAUGAUUGGCUCAAGGUGGCUCCUUAUGAGUCUCGGGUGUCUGAUGAGGACGAUGAAGAAUGGGACUCUUCAAAUGGUCUGCGUGUGAUGUCAAUCGCCUACGUGCCGGAGCGGAGUCAGUGCGCGUUCGCGACGGUGGUAGCGUCGGCCGGGGAGGUGGUCGACCAUCUGAGACUACCGCACGUACUGCUGAGGAGGAACGCGUGGGACGCGGCGGAGAGACGGAACAAGGAGUCUGAUAUGACGGCGCUCAGGCGGUUCAUCCAGCGUAAGAAGCCCCACGUGAUCGUGAUCGGCGGCGAGUCUCGUGAGGCGUUGUCAAUAAAGGCGGACGUCGCGGAGUGUGUGGCGCAGCUGGUGGACGACGAACAGUUCCCGAGGAUACCGGUCGAGAUAGCUGACAACACGAUCAGCAAGAUAUACAGCAAUAGUAUAAGAGGACGGAAUGACUUCAGAGAAUAUCCAGAAACAUUAAGGCAAGCGAUUUGUCAGGCGCGCCUGUUACAAGAUCCUUUGAUGGAGAUUUCUCAGCUGUGUGGACCAGAUGAGGAAAUAUUAUGUCUACGAUACCAUCCGCUGCAAGACCAAUUAGCUAAAGAGGAUCUGUUAGAAGGAAUCGAGUUGGAAUUCGUAAACAGGAUUAAUGAAGUCGGUGUAGAUGUUAAUGAAGCGGUGUUAACCGGUCGAGGGACGGAAUUACUACAGUUUGUUUGUGGUUUAGGACCGAGGAAGGCUCAGGCUUUGAUAAAGUUAUUCAAACAAACUAAUCAGAAGCUAGAGAAUAGAACUCAAUUGGUCACAGUCUGUCACAUGGGACCGAAAGUAUUCAUCAAUUGUUCCGGUUUUAUAAGGAUCGAUACAAGCAGUCUCGGUGAUAGUACGGAAGCGUAUAUAGAGGUAUUGGACGGUUCAAGAGUUCAUCCGGAAACGUAUGAAUGGGCGAGAAAAAUGGCGGUAGACGCUUUGGAGUAUGAGGACGAAGACGCAAACCCCGCCGGAGCUUUAGAGGAGAUUCUGGAAGCGCCCGAACGGUUGAAAGACUUGGACUUAGACGCAUUCGCUGAGGAAUUAGAAAGGCAGGGCUUCGGUAAUAAGAGUAUAACGCUAUACGACAUCAGAGCCGAAUUGAACUCUAGAUACAAAGAUCUUAGAGUCGCAUAUCGAUCGCCCACACCAGAGGAAUUAUUCGAUAUGUUGACCAAAGAGACUCCAGAAACGUUGUAUGUGGGUAAAAUGGUGUUGGCGACUGUCAUAGGGAUCUCGCAUAGGAAACCUCAAAGGGAAAUGUUAGAUCAGGCGAAUCCAGUAAGAAAUGACGAGACAGGAUUGUGGGAAUGUCCCUUCUGUCAUAAAAACGACUUUCCCGAACUCUCUGAGGUAUGGAAUCAUUUCGACGCAGGCGCAUGUCCGGGUCAAGCGACGGGGGUUAGAGUCAGAUUAGAUAAUGGCCUUUCAGGCUACAUACAUAUAAAGAACCUUUCAGACAGACAUGUGACUGACCCCACGGAAAGAGUCAGAAUAGGUCAAACCAUACAUUGCAGGAUAUUAAAGAUAGAUGUUGAAAGAUUCUCAGUAGAUUGUUCUUCUAAAUCAUCUGACUUGUUGGAUAAAAAUAAUGAGUGGAGACCACCAAAAGAUCCUUACUACGAUCAAGAAUCUGAGGACAAGGAUGUCAGAAAAGAUACAGAGGCUAAGCAGACAAAGGAGCGGAUGCAGUAUGUGAAGCGAGUUAUAGUACACCCAGCAUUCCACAAUAUAAGUUUCGCUGAAGCCGAAAAACUCAUGGAGAAUAUGGCACAAGGGGAAGUCAUAGUUAGGCCUAGUAGUAAGGGUUCUGAUCACCUGACAGUGACCUGGAAGGUGGCAGACGGUAUAUGCCAGCACAUUGACGUGCGGGAAGAGGGCAAAGAGAAUGCCUUUUCUUUAGGUCGUAGUCUUUGGAUACAAGGAUCAGAGUUUGAAGACUUGGAUGAAAUUAUCGCGAGACACGUUACACCCAUGGCGGGCCAUGCGAGAGAUCUCAUCGCUUACAAAUACUACAAGAACCUCGGCGGCAUGAGGGAUAAGGCUGAAGAGAUUCUCAAAGACGAGAAGUCGAAGAAUCCCAAUAAGAUACACUACGUCAUAUCCGCCGCCAAGAACCAUCCCGGAAGAUUCCUCCUAUCGUAUCUUCCCAGGGCCAGGUGUACACACGAGUAUAUAUCGGUGACGCCGGACGGAUAUAAAUUUAGACAGAGGAUGUUCGACUCCCUCGGCGGUUUGCUCAAAUGGUUUAAGGAGCACUUCCGGGAGCCUCCGCCAUCAGGCACCCCCGUGACCCGCACCCCCGCCCUGAGGACGCCUCACGGGCUCGCCUCUGCUCUAUACCACACGCCCGCCGCGCACACACCUGCCUUCCAUACACCCGCGCACACUCCCGGCCCCGCAUACAUCAACACUCCUUACACUCCAUCUGCACAAACUCCCUACAUGACGCCCUUCGCGACCACGCCUCGCCAGCCGGACUUCCUGACGCCAGCCAUCCCUCGCCACAAACCACAACCCUCCGUGUACACCGAGCCAUCGGACUGGCAGAAGGCGGCGGAAGACUGGGUGCGUCACCGCGCCCGCGACGAGAGCACCUCCACCCCGCGUCACGCCACACGCACCCCCCGCCACGACGCUCGCGCCACGCCACGCCACGACGCCCGCGGCACGCCCCGCCACGACUCACGCGGCACACCGCGUCACGACGGCCGCUCGUCGGUCCACAGCACGCCACACAGCACGCCACACGCCACGCCACACGGCCACACGUCCUCAGGCCGGUCGUCACGCUCGCACUCAGCACGUUCCACGCCACACACGAACACGUCGCCGCGCUCUAUGUCGUUAGGGGACGCGACACCGCUCUACGACGAGAAUUAG